AGACCAGCUUGCAGAGCUGCGCGGGUGCCCCCCUCGGGCCCCCCAGGUGUGAGCUCAGCAUCUCAGCAUGCGUCCCACCGCUGGCUGCAGAAACUUCUUGCUGUGGGCGUACUCGCUGCUUCUCUUGGAGCGCCUGGCGGCUCUGCCUCCCAGCUUCUCGCCCUCCCUGAGGAGUGGCCCUGGGCCCACUUGCCGGCUGUCGCGGGUGGAAUCCGAGCGCCGCUGCAGGGCGCUGGGGCAGCCUCCAGGGAGCGCGCUGUGCCACGGCCGGGGCCACUGCGACUGCGGGGUCUGCAUCUGCCACGUGAGUGAGCCGGGCAUGUACUUUGGACCCUUGUGUGAGUGUCACGAGUGGGUGUGCGAGACCUACAACGGCAGCACCUGCGCAGGCCAUGGAAAGUGUGACUGUGGAAAGUGCAAAUGCGAUGCAGGCUGGUCUGGAGAAGCUUGCCAGCACCCCACUCACUGUGACCUGACAAAGAAAAAAAGUAACCAGAUAUGCAAGAAUUCUCAAGAUAUCGUCUGCUCCAAUGCAGGUACUUGUCACUGCGGCAGAUGUAAGUGUGAUAAUUCAGAUGGAAAUGGACUCAUUUAUGGUCAAUUUUGUGAGUGUGAUGAUAGAGAAUGCAUAGAUGAGGAAACAGAAGAAAUAUGUGGAGGCCACGGAAAGUGUUACUGCGGAAACUGUUACUGCGAGGCUGGUUGGCAUGGAGAUAAGUGCGAGUUCCAGUGCGCCAUCACCCCCUGGGAGAGCAAGCGAGGAUGCACCGCUCCAGAUGGCAGAAUCUGCAGCAACAGAGGAACUUGUGUGUGUGGUGAAUGUUCCUGCCAUGACGUUGACCCCACUGGAGACUGGGGAGACAUCCAUGGAGAUACCUGUGAGUGUGAUGAGAGGGACUGCAGGAAUGUCUAUGACAGAUAUUCAGAUGACUUCUGUUCUGGUCAUGGACAGUGUAACUGUGGAAGAUGUGACUGCAAAGUUGGUUGGUAUGGAAAGAAGUGUGAGCAGCCACGUUCUUGCCCACUAUCGGUGGAGGAGAGUACCAGGAAGUGCCAAGGGAACUCUGACUUGCCGUGUUCUGGAAGGGGUAAGUGUGAAUGUGGAAAAUGCACUUGCUACCCACCAGGGGAUCGCAGGGUGUAUGGCAAGACAUGUGAAUGUGAUGACCGGCGCUGUGAGGACCUGGAAGGUGUGGUGUGUGGAGGCCAUGGCUCAUGCUCCUGUGGCCGCUGCGUUUGUGAGAGAGGCUGGUUUGGACAACUCUGCCAGCACCCACGCAAGUGUAACCUGACGGAGGAACAAAGCAUGAGCUUGUGUGAGUCAGCAGACGGCACACUGUGCUCGGGGAAGGGUUCCUGUCACUGUGGAAAGUGCAUUUGCUCUGCUGAUGAGUGGUAUGUUUCGGGAGAAUUCUGCGACUGUGAUGACAGGGACUGUGACCAGCAUGAUGGUCUUAUCUGCACAGGGAAUGGACUAUGUAGCUGUGGAAACUGCGAAUGCUGGGAUGGAUGGACUGGGAAUGCCUGUGAGAUAUGGCUUGGCUCAGAAUACUCCUAAAGACCAAACUGAAGAAGAAGAAUUCUUUUUCAUCUAAUCUAUUAGAACAUAUAAGUGCAAAUGAAAC